AUGGAAUUCUUUGUUUCAAGUCAAACAUUGUCCGUCAGCACGUAUCUUGAUCCCAGGUUCAAAAAUUUAGCAUUUAGAAAUCAUUAUACAGCCGAUGACAUAAAAAAGACGGUAACCGAAAUAAUAGUAGAAAAAAUAAAUGAAGUGACACGCGAAAAUCAGAAAAAACCGGAAGAACAACUUAUCAAAGAAACUCCGGUAGAUGAUGCAGAAGCAGAUAUUUUUGGUGACUUCGAUAAAAUUGUGGCUCAAACUUAA